UUUUAGACCUGUAUUUUUAAGUCUCACACAAAUAAGUUGAGAUGAUAGGCAGCAUUGAUACCAAAAGACAUGAAUACACUUGUAAAUAUAUGGAUCUAAUAUCCAUGUGUGUAGGAUAUGAAAAUAUAACCCUGUUACAUUUUUACAUGCACCAAAUAUAUACCUGUAUUUGUUAUUACAUAUCAAAGACUGGGGGCCAUUAGAUAUAUGGGGAUGCCAUUUUAAAGCAAUGUUUAUUAAUAUUGUUCAUUAGUCUUAUAGCAGCUCUGAAAUGAAUGGCCUUAACCCUGGAGGAUAUACAUGUUUACACAUUUUAUUUAGGACCUUCACACUUGUUUACAGAAUGUUUGAGAUUGAAGCUCACAGGAAGUGCUACAGCUGAAUACAGCUAGGACUACUACAUUGUACUUUGUUUAUACAAAGUUUGUAACACAAUGUACUGUAUGUUUUGUACCAAUAUGUAAUGCAAGGUGUGUAAUGCAGGUAAGUUGGUGCAAAGUUUUCCAGUCAUCUUUUUUUCUAUAUUACCUGUGUCUGUAAAGUAAUAACUUUUAUAAAUAAUUUAAAGAUAUCAAAUCUUUUGGGGUACAAUUUGUCAUAAAGAAUCAAGGAUUUUCAUCUCACCUUAUAUAAUGGUAUGUAAAUACCAAUACAAAAUUGAUCACAAAAAAAUAGACAGGGAUUUUAUGAUUUUAGUGGCUGCACAGUAAUGGAAAUAAAAACAUUCAGGGAUGUUAAAAAGAAAUGUGUUAAUUUCUUCAGAAAAUGGCAAAUAAAAUUGAACACCAUAAUCCUUGACUACAACUCCCAGACUACAGGGCGACUGUGUUUAGUGUUACGUAAAACUUGGUAUUUCCUGUUUCUGCCACUGUGAUAAAUGUUCCCAUCUAAUAUCAGCCUGUUGUAGUUUGUCGUGUAACGUUAUUCAACACUUUGUAGCUGCUGACACUUAGUUGUACCAGUUAUUACAGUAACGUUAAACUGCAGCCACCGUCAUAACUCACGAAUACGAUGAUAUUGCCACGGCGGAUCCUUGCAAUGCAUACAGCACCUGUAAGGAGGGCAUCCUCAGUCCCUGCAGGUAUGGUGAGUUUUGUACCCGCCUGCAGCACCACUGAUGCCCACUCCCUGGAGCUGCUGCAGGACUUUGUGUCCCGCGCCAGACGCCUGUUUGUUAUCAGUGGAGCUGGACUGUCCACGGAGUCAGGAAUCCCUGAUUACCGCUCAGAGGGCGUCGGGCUGUAUGCUCGUACUGACAGACGACCCAUGCAGUAUGCAGAGUUUGUCCGCAGUGCCAAGUCCCGUCAGCGCUACUGGGCCAGAAACUUUCUCGGUUGGCCACAGUUCUCCACCCAUCAGCCAAACUCUGCACACAAGGCCCUGCAGCGGUGGGAGGAGAGAGGCAAGCUGCACUGGCUGGUGACGCAGAAUGUGGAUGCUCUUCAUUCAAAGGCGGGACAGAAAAGACUGACUGAGCUCCACGGCUGUUCUCACAGGGUGAUGUGUCUUGGCUGUGGUGCCAUCUCAGCGAGGGAGGAGCUCCAGACACGAUUCGUAGCACUAAACCCAGACUGGAGAGCGCAGACGGGCAGCGUGGCUCCAGACGGUGAUGUCUUCAUAGAGGAUGAGCAGGUCCUCCAUUUCAGAGUUCCCUCCUGUGAGCAGUGUGGAGGAAUACUGAAGCCUGAGGUCACAUUUUUUGGAGACUCUGUGAACAAAGCGACGGUACAGUUUGUGCACGACAGACUGGGAGAGUCUGAUGCGGUGCUAGUCGCAGGGUCAUCGUUACAGGUAUAUUCAGGAUACAGGUUUUUACUGGCAGCGCGUGAUCAGAAAAUCUCAGUUGCCAUCCUGAACAUUGGGCCCACGAGGGCAGAUCACCUGGCUGAGCUGAAAGUGAGCGGCCGCUGUGGUGAAGUGCUGUCAGUCAUUCAACCUCUCUGACUGUCAUGGACAUGCAGUUUGGAUAUUCUACAUUAAGCUGGUCAAAACUACCUCAGACCUAAACAGGUAAACAACGUGAUCUACUUCAGGAUGACUGUCUCAGUUGUUCGCUACUUUUUUUGUGUCACGUAAAAGGAGCAAGCAGCAUCUGCACUACUCUGCCAGGAGAAUUCACUGCUACGAUCAAAGUAGGGCAAAAACUGACGUAUCUCCUUUCACCUAUUUCAUGCAGAACAU